AUGUCAGAACAAGAAAUAAUUGCUGAAGAUACCCCCAACACAAAUGCCGAAUCGGAAGUGGAUGAACAGAUGGAGCUGCUUGAAAAGAAAACGGCGCAAGAAUUAUUCGACAUGGGAACUCUAGAAUUCAAGGAAAAUAAAAACUUUGAUGUUGCUUCAGAAAGAUUUUCUAUGGCUGUGGAAAAGAAAGUAAAAGAGUUAAACAUCGAAGGAAAUAUCCAUGUUGACUUACGGGAAUAUUAUUUAUCCUUUGCUGAUUCUUUGUUGACGAAGGAAGAAGAAAAAAAUGAUCUUUUUGAAUUCUUGAAAAAAAAAAAAAAAAUUGAAGUAUCCGACACAGAGGAGGAAUCAGCUGAUAAGGAAGAAGUGUCAGACGAGCAGCUGGCCUUUGAGAUGUUUGAAUUUUCAAGAAAAUGUUAUGAACUUUUAAUGGAUGAAAAGAAGGAAGAAAUGUCAAAGAAGGAUAUCCUCAAUUACACCUAUGUUUUUAUAAGACUUGGGGAUAUUAGUUUGUUGAACCACUUUUUUGAGGAGGCCUUAAAGGAAUACCUAAAAUGUGUGGAGUUAAGAGAAAAACACAAAGUAGGAGAUGAAAAUUUAAUUGCUCCUCUCAUAUCUUUAUCACAAAGUUACAUGUUUUGCGGAAAAAGAAAAGAAGCUGUAGAUUCUUUUGAAAAAGUAAAGAAAAUACUUUUAGAUGUGAGACAGAAAACUACACCUCUACCUCACAAUACGAAUGAGAAAAUUAUAAGGGAUACGUAUGAUGAUGUUCAAAUACAAAUAAAUGAUUUGAAAAGGCAAAUAGAAGAGGAAGGAGAGGAAGGAAAAGAGUUGGGAAGUCAAACCAUUGCUAAACAAUUGGUGGUCACGACAAAGUCCGAAUUUGACAAAGCAUUAUUGAACAAAGAAAAUAAUGAAGUUACUAAAAUAACUGUUUCAGCAGUAAAUGAUGACGAACACGGAUCCAAAAGAAGAAGGAUAAAUUUAUCAAAUUAUAAAAAUUAA